AUCACUGUCUCUGACUGUCUGCAGCUCUCAGAAAUACAGACAGCACCUGAAUGCAGCACCAGCAGCGUGGUACCCGCCCUGCCCGGGUUCACUCAGUCUGCACGCGAGGCACCGACACAGGUCCACUCGACAGGACCCUGAUGUAUUAUUACUCUAUUAUUAUUAUUAUUAUUAUUAUUAUUAUUAUUAACUGUGAAAUAUUAAAAUCAGACUUCUCAGUAUUUGAUCCGGUUUGAGGGAUUCUUUGGGGGUCCUCCCUGAGGCAGACUGUCGUGGUCCGGGUCUGGUGGGUCCUGAUGGCGGCUAACCGGGUGGGGCGGCGGGUCAGUAAGGUGGCUCCGGGUCAGGGUCUACAGCGGCGGCAGGCCCGGAUCACCGUCAAAUACAACCGGACGGAGCUGCAGAGGAGGCUUGACGUGGAGAAGUGGAUCGACUGUGGACUGGACCGGUUGUACAGGGGCCGGGAGGAGGAGAUGCCAGAGGAGGUGAACAUUGAUGAACUGCUGGACCUGAAGUCAGACGAGGAGAGAACACAGAGACUGCAGGAGAUUUUCCACUCCUGUAUAAGCAGUCCAGAGGUCUUCAUCAGCGAGCUGCUGUUAAAACUUCAGGGUUUACAGAAGCAGGAGGAUCUGCAUAACGACGGCAUCGACCUCCCUCAGCUCCACAUCUACCCCACCCGCCCUGGAUCAGCAGACCAGGAGGUGCUGCACUGAGACAGCAAGCGUAGAUGAUCCUUACCUCCUACUGGAGGCAGUGGACAGAAAAACAACCACACCUGCAAACACCUCGAAUGAGUCUAUCCAAUCAGACAACCAGAAUCAAUCUUUUAUCAGCUGGUUAAAGUUGAUCUGAGACACUGAAGGGACUUUAAUAAUGAUGUCGCUCACUGCGUCCAUUAUUGAUCACUUCCUGCUUUGAUUAGGCUUCAGAAGUGAAACUCACAGUUUUUACCGCAAACUAAUUGCCACUGUUGGUGUUUGAAGUCCUUCAGGCGACAGAGUCGUUCUUCUGGUUUCUGCCUGUUUGCAGUGUAAACAUAACUGAUAUGAUAUCAGUGUGGACAGCCCUCCUUCACACUACCAACAACGGCACUGCUGUUAUCAGCCCAUACAGCAGUAACAUUCUUCUUGUUCCUGACGCGUGGCCAUUGUUCUAUUGGAGAAUUUACUUCACAGAAGAAAGAUACUGAGAUACAACCCCACUGUGUGUAUUCUUUAAUUCAAUUCAUUUGUAUAGCGCCAAUUCAUAACAGAAGUUAUCUCAGGACACUUUUCUAAUAGAGCAAACUCCUUAUAACAUUAUUUACAGAGACUCAACAGUUCCCACCUGAGCAAGACCUUGGAGACAGUAGCAAGGAAAAGAGAGAGAGACAAGACACAGAGAGUGUUCUCUGGUUUUCUGGGUCUCCUGGUUCUCCUGGUUCUCCUGUUCUCUGGUUCUCCUGGGUCUCCUGGUUCUCUGGGUCUCCUGUUCUCUGAUUCUGCUGUUCUCUGGUUCUCCUGUCCUCAUGGGUCUCCUGGUUCUCUGGUUCUCCUGGGGCUCCUGGUUCUCUUGUUCUCUGGUUCUCUGAUUCUCUGGUUCUCCUGUUCUCUGGUUAUCUGGUUCUCCUGUUCUCUGGUUCUCUGGGUCUCCUGUUCUCUGGGUCUCCUGUUCUCUGGUUCUCCUGUUCUCUUGUUCUCUGGUUCUCUGGUUCUUCUGUCCUCAUGGGUCUCCUGGUUCUCCUGGUUCUCCUGCUCUCUGGUUCUCUGGGUCUCCUGAAGAGUCCUUCACUGUUUGUAAAUUUUAAAAUAAAUGUUUGCAUUUGAAACAA